AGGCGCACGUUUCGCCACGGCCCGGCUGGACAUUGACCUGCCGGAGGGCUAUCCGACCACUUGUGGGCCCCUGGUGAAGGUCACCCCAGGCGGUCUUCCUGAGGAUGCUGCAGCUGGCGCGCCGUCCCUGGAAGAAGUGGUGGAGUCGGCACUUCGAGACGCGGCCGGAAACGAGGCCUUGUUUCAGCUCGCAGAGGCUGUCAGGACCUGGCUCUUUGACCACGGCAAGCUGCCGGAGGAGCCAAAAGCACCGACCCCCGAACCGCCGGAGGAGGAGGGGGACGACCUGGACGUGGACUCAGAAGAUCUGGACGAGGAGCUAAUAGAGGCCCUGGAGGACCUCCUGGCAGGUGACGCGGCGAGGCGCAAGGAGCUGCGCCGCAUCCGCGGCCUGGCGCCGCAGUCGGCGGAGCAGAAGGCGGCGCUGAGGCGGCAGCUGAAGAUGCUGAGCGCGGAGGAACGAGAGGCCUUGGUGGGCUCCGACUCGGACAGCGAGCCCGAGCCGGCGAAGCCUCGGGCGCCGGCGGUGAAGCUUGCGCCAGCGCAGGUGGAGUGCCCCAAGGGUCAUGAGCUCACCGCCUUCUCCGCGCGGCCGCCAGACUACCGAAAGUUUGACGGAGACGAGUACACCUGCGACCUCUGCGGCCGCGAUGGGGAGUACCGCUACGGGGUCUACCACUGCACCAAGUGCUUCCAGCAAGGUGGCAAGCAGUUCGACGCCUGCCCAGCCUGCGGCGGCGGCGGUGGCGGCGGAAAGCCGAAGGGCAAGAAGAAGCGCUGAGCAGUUCAUGGAA